AUGACUUUUAUUCGGGUUUCCACUUUCUUCAAAAAUCGAUUAAAACUUUCACUUCUACCUGGUCGAAAUUUUACAAGAAAUUUUUCCGAGAUUAUCAACGGUGAAAAUACAAACGAUGUAUCACCAGCAUUGUAUGCCCUAGAUGCACGUUUGAAUCUUCGUUUUUCUGACCCAAAAUUACUUUUGCAAGUGGUCACACUCGAAACUUUUGGUGAUACCAAAUUGCACUCUGGUGAAGGCUAUCGGGUCCUAGGAAAUCAUGCACUCGGCCUAUACGUCACUGAAUACCUACACGUCAGAUAUCCCCUUAUUCCUUUAUCCUGCUUGCAGAAAGCUCUAACUGGGUAUUGUGGCUCACCGUCUUUAGCGGCUUUUGGACAAGAAGUUGGCGUGCAACAUGUUAUCAGGUGGAAGCCGACUUCCGAUGAAGAUUUAUUCAAAAAUUCUAAAUCUGUUAACCAUACGAACACAAUUAAAAAUAAAUCUGAUGGCACCAUUAAAUCAUUUAAAGCUACGCGAACGAAUAUUGACACCGCCGUGGCAGAAUCUGUUCGAGCUAUCAUCGGUGCCUUAUACAUAGAUAAGGGCCCCCAAUCUGCGAAAAGGUUUAUCCAUGAUUAUAUCUUAUCCAGAGAUAUUGAUAUGCAAGAUGUUAUACAGAUUAAUGAUGUAAAAAGGGAAUUGCACGCUCUAAUGAGACGAAAAAAUCGAGAGUCACCAAUUGCUAGAUUAAAAGGAGAGAGUGGUGCACAUUCCGUUGCACCCGUUUUUGUUGUUGGAGUAUAUUCUGGCGUCGACGAGUUGGGUGAAGGAUUUGGAAGCUCGAAGAAAAUGGCCGAAUUCAGAGCAUUUAGAGAUGCCCUAAUGAAGUAUUACUUGUCUGAAGUCAAAGAUUAUACAUUACCGUCUGCAAUUAAUACUCCUGAAAAGCAGGAUAGCUAUAUACCGACAAAAGUUGGUGAUACUCCACCGAAAAUAUAA